AUGAAGAUACCUAACGGAAAUGUUUCUACACCUUCUGGGACAGCUUUCGGACAGAACGCAUCAUAUACUUGUAACGAAGGUUAUAAAUUAACUGGUGGUUCAACCAUCACAUGCAACGCAACAGGACAAUGGAAUGGUCCGGUACCGAAAUGCACAAUAUACGAUUGUGGUGAACGUAACUUAACAAAGGGCCUCGUAAACACAUCCACCGGAACACAGUAUGAGGCAACUGCUUACUUCUCCUGUAAUGAUGGAUACUAUCUGAUGGGUAGUCCAGACGCUACUUGCAACGCAACAGGCCAAUGUGACAGUCCUUUACCGAAUUGCACAAUAUACGAUUGCGGUGAACCUUACUUAACAGACGGUGUCGUUAACACAUCCAAUGGAACACAGUAUGAGGCAACUGCUUACUUCUCCUGUAAUGAUGGAUACUUCCUGACAGGUAGUCCAGACGCUACUUGUAACGCAACAGGCCAAUGGGACAGUCCUUUACCGAAUUGCACAAUACAUGAUUGUGGUGAACUUAACUUAACCAACGGUAACGUAAUUACAUCCACCGGAACACAGUUUGAGGCAACUGCUUACUUCUCCUGUAAUGAUGGAUACUUCCUGACAGGUAGUCCAGACGCUACUUGUAACGCAACAGGCCAAUGGGACAGUCCUUUACCGAAUUGCACAAUACAUGAUUGUGGUGAACUUAACUUAACCAACGGUAACGUAAUUACAUCCACCGGAACACAGUUUGAGGCAAUUGCUUCCUUCUCCUGUAGUAAUGAAUACUUCCUGACAGGUAGUCCAGAUGCUACUUGUAACGCAACAGGCCAAUGGGACAGUCCUUUACCGAAUUGCACAAUACAUGAUUGUGGUGAACUUAACUUAACCGACGGUAACGUAAUUACAUCCACCGGAACACAGUUUGAGGCAACUGCUUACUUCUCCUGUAGUAAUGGAUACUUCCUGACAGGUAGUCCAGAUGCUACUUGUAACGUAACAGGCCAAUGGGACAGUCCUUUACCGAAUUGCACAAUACAUGAUUGUGGUGAACUUAACUUAACCAACGGUAACGUAAUUACAUCCACCGGAACACAGUUUGAGGCAAUUGCUUCCUUCUCCUGUAGUAAUGGAUACUUCCUGACAGGUAGUCCAGAUGCUACUUGUAACGCAACAGGCCAAUGGGACAGUCCUUUACCGAAUUGCACAAUACAUGAUUGUGGUGAACUUAACUUAACCAACGGUAACGUAAUUACAUCCACCGGAACACAGUUUGAGGCAAUUGCUUCCUUCUCCUGUAGUAAUGGAUACUUCCUGACAGGUAGUCCAGAUGCUACUUGUAACGCAACAGGCCAAUGGGACAGUCCUUUACCGAAUUGCACAAUACAUGAUUGUGGUGAACUUAACUUAACCAACGGUAACGUAAUUACAUCCACCGGAACACAGUUUGAGGCAACUGCUUACUUCUCCUGUAGUAAUGGAUACUUCCUGACAGGUAGUCCAGAUGCUACUUGUAACGUAACAGGCCAAUGGGACAGUCCUUUACCGAAUUGCACAAUACAUGAUUGUGGUGAACUUAACUUAACCAACGGUAACGUAAUUACAUCCACCGGAACACAGUUUGAGGCAAUUGCUUCCUUCUCCUGUAGUAAUGGAUACUUCCUGACAGGUAGUCCAGAUGCUACUUGUAACGCAACAGGCCAAUGGGACAGUCCUUUACCGAAUUGCACAAUACAUGAUUGUGGUGAACUUAACUUAACCAACGGUAACGUAAUUACAUCCACCGGAACACAGUUUGAGGCAACUGCUUACUUCUCCUGUAAUGAUGGAUACUUCCUGACAGGUAGUCCAGACGCUACUUGUAACGCAACAGGCCAAUGGGACAGUCCUUUACCGAAUUGCACAAUACAUGAUUGUGGUGAACUUAACUUAACCAACGGUAACGUAAUUACAUCCACCGGAACACAGUUUGAGGCAACUGCUUCCUUCUCCUGUAAUGAUGGAUACUUCCUGACAGGUAGUCCAGACGCUACUUGUAACGCAACAGGCCAAUGGGACAGUCCUUUACCGAAUUGCACAAUACAUGAUUGUGGUGAACUUAACUUAACCAACGGUAACGUAAUUACAUCCACCGGAACACAGUUUGAGGCAAUUGCUUCCUUCUCCUGUAGUAAUGGAUACUUUCUGACAGGUAGUCCAGAUGCUACUUGUAACGCAACAGGCCAAUGGGACAGUCCUUUACCGAAUUGCACAAUACAUGAUUGUGGUGAACUUAACUUAACCAACGGUAACGUAAUAACAUCCACCGGAACACAGUUUGAGGCAACUGCUUACUUCUCCUGUAAUGAUGGAUACUUCCUGACAGGUAGUCCAGACGCUACUUGUAACGCAACAGGCCAAUGGGACAGUCCUUUACCGAAUUGCACAAUACAUGAUUGUGGUGAACUUAACUUAACCAACGGUAACGUAAUUACAUCCACCGGAACACAGUUUGAGGCAAUUGCUUCCUUCUCCUGUAGUAAUGGAUACUUCCUGACAGGUAGUCCAGACGCUACUUGUAACGUAACAGGCCAAUGGGACAGUCCUUUACCGAAUUGCACAAUACAUGAUUGUGGUGAACUUAACUUAACCAACGGUAACGUAAUUACAUCCACCGGAACACAGUUUGAGGCAAUUGCUUCCUUCUCCUGUAGUAAUGGAUACUUCCUGACAGGUAGCCCAGAUGCUACUUGUAACGCAACAGGCCAAUGGGACAGUCCUUUACCGAAUUGCACAAUACAUGAUUGUGGUGAACUUAACUUAACCAACGGUAACGUAAUUACAUCCACCGGAACACAGUUUGAGGCAAUUGCUUCCUUCUCCUGUAGUAAUGGAUACUUCCUGACAGGUAGUCCAGAUUCUACUUGUAACGCAACAGGCCAAUGGGACAGUCCUUUACCGAAUUGCACAAUACAUGAUUGUGGUGAACUUAACUUAACCAACGGUAACGUAAUUACAUCCACCGGAACACAGUUUGAGGCAACUGCUUACUUCUCCUGUAGUAAUGGAUACUUCCUGACAGGUAGUCCAGAUGCUACUUGUAACGCAACAGGCCAAUGGGACAGUCCUUUACCGAAUUGCACAAUACAUGAUUGUGGUGAACUUAACUUAACCAACGGUAACGUAAUUACAUCCACCGGAACACAGUUUGAGGCAACUGCUUCCUUCUCCUGUAGUAAUGGAUACUUCCUGACAGGUAGUCCAGAUGCUACUUGUAACGCAACAGGCCAAUGGGACAGUCCUUUACCGAAUUGCACAAUACAUGAUUGUGGUGAACUUAACUUAACCAACGGUAACGUAAUUACAUCCACCGGAACACAGUUUGAGGCAACUGCUUACUUCUCCUGUAAUGAUGGAUACUUCCUGACAGGUAGUCCAGACGCUACUUGUAACACAACAGGCCAAUGGGACAGUCCUUUACCGAAUUGCACAAUACAUGAUUGUGGUGAACUUAACUUAACCAACGGUAACGUAAUUACAUCCACCGGAACACAGUUUGAGGCAACUGCUUACUUCUCCUGUAAUGAUGGAUACUUCCUGACAGGUAGUCCAGACGCUACUUGUAACGCAACAGGCCAAUGGGACAGUCCUUUACCGAAUUGCACAAUACAUGAUUGUGGUGAACUUAACUUAACCAACGGUAACGUAAUUACAUCCACCGGAACACAGUUUGAGGCAAUUGCUUCCUUCUCCUGUAGUAAUGGAUACUUCCUGACAGGUAGUCCAGAUGCUACUUGUAACGCAACAGGCCAAUGGGACAGUCCUUUACCGAAUUGCACAAUACAUGAUUGUGGUGAACUUAACUUAACCAACGGAAACGUAAUUACAUCCACCGGAACACAGUUUGAGGCAACUGCUUACUUCUCCUGUAAUGAUGGAUACUUCCUGACAGGUAGUCCAGACGCUACUUGUAACGCAACAGGCCAAUGGGACAGUCCUUUACCGAAUUGCACAAUACAUGAUUGUGGUGAACUUAACUUAACCAACGGUAACGUAAUUACAUCCACCGGAACACAGUUUGAGGCAAUUGCUUCCUUCUCCUGUAGUAAUGGAUACUUCCUGACAGUAAUGGAUACUUCCUGA